AUGGCACAAAUCACAUUUGGGCCGGCGACCCAACAGACCAUCACCACAGUCACCACUACGACCACCGUCUCCCUACCACCACUGAUCAUCAGACCACCCCGAAACCUACUAGAAAGAGACCCAAAGCAGUAUCCCCUAGCGUUCUCGCCGACGCCUCACCACAUCAAGCGUUUCUGCUUCGACGUAAACAACCAUCCCACCGCCUUUCACGAGGCUGAGGAUCCGGAGGAGACUGAUCGCCAAUAUCGUCAUCUGCUUGCAAAGAUCCACAAUCAAAAUGGUGCAAUAAGGCAAGAGGAUAGGGACGAAGGCGGCGCCUCUUCCAUGAAACGCGUACAUCAGCAGGCACACGAUGGCGCAAGGAGCUCGGCUCAAAAGCGCAUGGCUUCGCCGCCAUCACUUGCGGAGGCGGUGGAGAUUGCGAGUCUGCAGAGGAGAUCGAAAAAGCCACGCUCCCGUCUUCACAGAACUUUCUUAGAGGCUCCUGAAAAAACGGUCGCAGGCGAUCGAUUCUCGGGUGGAGGAGCACAGUCGAGCGAAACCACACCGUUGACUCCGGAUACUAACAGCGCGGGUAUGAGGCCACCCUUCUACAGCCAUAGUAAGAGUGCGAAACGGCGCUUCGAAUCCAUCUAUGCACCAGGCGCGACCGAAGAUGCUAUCGGAGCCACACCUACACCCCCAGUCAUGGAUGCAGACCUUGAAGCUGAAAUGGCCGAGAUGGAGCAGUUCCGACAUCCCAAUCGCCCGACAUUUCCCAGCCUACUGCCGAGUUCGCAGCAGGACGCUAGCUUACCCAGCCCGAGUUUAUCACCCAUCACUGCGGCUGCUAAUUUAGCUUCGCGGCAGAAUGCUUUUGAUGCCUCAUUUGCUAGUCACAUCGAGGGCUCUACCGGCGGGGGAUCGAUCAUUGAUGCGGAUAACACAGCUCGCGGUGGGAGCACCGACCCUCUAGACGCCGACCUAUUCUCACGAUCUACGAGACAGCCAUCGUCAACCCAAUCCGGAUCUGCUCCUCGGCAUGAAAGAGGUACAUCGCGUGAUGGCCCAACGAUCAUGGACAUUCCGACAAUAGUGGACGCGUUUGACAGCAUGCCAGAGGCCAUGCAGACAUAUCUGAUGUACCAGUUCCUGAGACGCUGUGCAAAGCCGACGCUGCUCAUGGUAGCAAGUGUCGUCAACCCAGCCCUCAAAUGCGAUCCUUUCAACAUACUCCCACCAGAGCUCAGUCUCAACAUCGCGCGUUUCCUGGAUGCGCAAAGCAUGUGCCGCGCUGCGCAGGUGUCAAAGCGAUGGCGAAGGUUGAUCAUCACUAACGAGAAAGCCUGGAAAGACCUUCUUGAGAGAGAUGAAUUCACGCUGCCGGUAGAUGAAAUUAGCAGGGCGGUGCGUGAAGGCUGGGGUUGGCAGCAUCCCGGUAUCAAGGGGUAUGAGGAGGACCUCAGCGCCGAGAUUCCACUCUUGUCACCGGAUGCUAGGGAUGAUUCAACUAUCAGCGACGACGAGCUCACGGCCUCAUCCUCGACAAACUCACGCAGUAUGAAAAAGAGGGCGAAAAUAUCAGGGUCAAAGAAAGCCAAGCGACGGACCGGCCAAGCAUCCUCAGCUCUUGUGAAGCCGGCCGCAACUCUGCAGGCGAAGACGAAGCUCUCAAAUCUGCUGGACAGCGCAAAGGGCGCUAGUGCCUUUGCGCAUGCCGCCACCGUCGCGAUCCCGCACCCCUCAAUUGGUUUGGACAGCCUGCGUAACAUGCAUCUGUUCAAAUCUUUAUAUCAGCGUCACUACUUGAUCCGCAAAGCCUGGAUGUCGGAAAAAAGCAAGCCAAAGCAUCUGGCGUUUCGGGCGCACCACCGCCACGUCGUGACCUGUCUCCUCUUCGACAGCGACAAGAUCUUGACCGGAAGUGAUGACACCAAGAUAAACGUGUAUGAUACGGAGACCGGCGCUCUUCGCCGACGCCUCGAUGGUCACGAAGGCGGCGUCUGGGCGCUUCAAUAUGAGGGCAAUAUGCUGGUAUCCGGAUCGACCGAUCGCACUGUGCGGGUAUGGGACAUUGAAGCUGGUCGAUGCCUGCAGGUUUUCCAAGGCCACACCUCUACCGUCCGUUGCCUGGUCAUACUGAAACCCGCUCAAAUUGGCACAGCAGCUGAUGGCACUCCGAUCAUGAUGCCCAAGGAACCGCUCAUCAUCACCGGCUCUCGCGAUUCCACCCUCCGCGUGUGGAGACUGCCGGGUCCUCACGAUGCCAACGUUACACAGAAUGCUUCUCCGAUCACUGAGGGUGAGAACCCGUAUUUCCUGCGAACUCUUGCCGGACACCAUAAUUCGGUUCGGGCCAUCGCUGCUCAUGGUGACACGCUCGCAUCAGGAUCAUACGACUGUACAGUGCGGGUAUGGAAGAUAUCUACUGGUGAUCUGGUGCACCGCCUUGCUGGUCAUACCUCCAAGGUCUACAGUGUCGUCUUAGAUCAUGCCCGCAAUCGCUGCAUCUCAGGCUCGAUGGACAAUUUCGUCAAGAUCUGGGACCUCAACAAUGGAACCUCGCUCUACACCCUCGACGGGCACACAUCGCUUGUGGGCCUCCUCGAUCUCAGCCACGACCGGCUGGUCUCUGCGGCAGCGGAUAGUACUCUUCGUCUAUGGGACCCCGAGACUGGAGCGCCCCGGGCCACACUGUCGGCGCACACUGGCGCCAUAACCUGUUUCCAGCAUGAUGGGCAAAAGGUGAUCUCUGGCUCGGACCGCACGCUCAAGAUGUGGAACGUCAAGAAUGGCGAGUUCGUCCGGGAUCUCCUCACCGAUCUCAGCGGUGUAUGGCAGGUCCGCUUCGACGAACGUCGUUGUGUGGCUGCUGUGCAGCGCAACAAUCUCACUUAUAUCGAGGUCCUUGACUUUGGUGCUUCUCGCGACGGCAUGCCUGAAAGCGACCUCGGCCGCCGUAUUGUCGUCGAUCACCGUGGCAAUGAAAUUGAAGACCUCGAGAUGCCCGUUGACAUCGACAUGGUCGCACCAGCUGCAUGA